AUGCCGCCAGUAGCUGUGGGCGCGGUGAGAACAGCAGCGAGGACUCCCCUCUACUUGCCAUCCAGGACUCCCCUCUACUUGCCAUCCAGGACUCCCCUCUACUUGCCAUCCAGGACUCCCCUCUACUUGCCAUCCAGGACGAAUACCGCCAGCAGCUGUGGGUAUGGUGAGGGGAGUAUGGAGAAGGGUGGAGGGAAGGGGCAGUGGGGAAUGUGGAGUGAGGCGGAGGGGAUUGAGAGCAAUCAAGAGAGGCGAAUGGGCAAUGAGAGGAGGGGAGUGGGCCGCUGCGGCAACUUGCUGUUGAAGGAGGAGGGUGGGGAGCACGGCAUGAUGAGCCACCACCUCACGUCCUUACAACAUGGUUUGCCCCUCUCACCGUCGUGCUGCCACGCUUGCCCCUCUCACCGUCGUGCUGCCACGCUUGCCCCUCUCACCGUCGUGCUGCCACGCUUGCCCCUCUCACCGUCGUGCUGCCACGCUUGCCCCUCUCACCGUCGUGCUGCCACGCUUGCCCCUCUCACCGUCGAGCUGCCACGCUUGCCCCUCUCAUCGUCGUGCUGCCACGCUUGCCCCUCUCACCGUCGAGCUGCCACGCUUGCCCCUCUCACCGUCGUGCUGCCACGCUUGCCCCUCUCACCGUCGUGCUGCCACGCUUGCCCCUCUCACCGUCGUGCUGCCACGCUUGCCCCUCUCACCGUCGUGCUGCCACGCUUGCCCCUCUCACCGUUGUGCUGCCACGCUUGCCCCUCUCACCGUCGUGCUGCCACGCUUGCCCCUCUCACCGUCGUGCUGCCACGCUUGCCCCUCUCACCGUCGUGCUGCCACGCUUGCCCCUCUCACCGUCGUGCUGCCACGCUUGCCCCUCUCACCGUCGUGCUGCCACGCUUGCCCCUCUCACCGUCGUGCUGCCACGCUUGCCCCUCUCACCGUCGUGCUGCCACGCUUGCCCCUCUCACCGUCGUGCUGCCACGCUUGCCCCUCUCACCGUCGUGCUGCCACGCUUGCCCCUCUCACCGUCGUGCUGCCACGCUUGCCCCUCUCACCGUCGUGCUGCCACGCUUGCCCCUCUCACCGUCGAGCUGCCACGCUUGCCCCUCUCACCGUCGUGCUGCCACGCUUGCCCCUCUCACCGUCGUGCUGCCACGCUUGCCCCUCUCACCGUCGUGCUGCCACGCUUGCCCCUCUCACCGUCGUGCUGCCACGCUUGCCCCUCUCACCGUCGAGCUGCCACGCUUGCCCCUCUCACCGUCGUGCUGCCACGCUUGCCCCUCUCACCGUCGUGCUGCCACGCUUGCCCCUCUCACCGUCGUGCUGCCACGCUUGCCCCUCUCACCGUCGUGCUGCCACGCUUGCCCCUCUCACCGUCGUGCUGCCACGCUUGCCCCUCUCACCGUCGUGCUGCCACGCUUGCCCCUCUCACCGUCGUGCUGCCCCGCUUGCCCCUCUCACCGUCGUGCUGCCACGCUUGCCCCUCUCACCGUCGUGCUGUCACGCUUGCCCCUCUCACCGUCGAGCUGCCACGCUUGCCCCUCUCACCGUCGUGCUGCCACGCUUGCCCCUCUCACCGUCGUGCUGCCACGCUUGCCCCUCUCACCGUCGUGCUGCCACCCUUGCCCCUCUCACCGUCGUGCUGCCACGCUUGCCCCUCUCACCGUCGUGCUGCCACGCUUGCCCCUCUCACCGUCGUGCUGCCACGCUUGCCCCUCUCACCGUCGUGCUGCCCCGCUUGCCCCUCUCACCGUCGUGCUGCCACGCUUGCCCCUCUCACCGUCGUGCUGCCACGCUUGCCCCUCUCACCGUCGAGCUGCCACGCUUGCCCCUCUCACCGUCGUGCUGCCACGCUUGCCCCUCUCACCGUCGUGCUACCACGCUUGCCCCUCUCACCGUCGUGCUGCCACGCUUGCCCCUCUCACCGUCGUGCUGCCACGCUUGCCCCUCUCACCGUCGUGCUGCCACGCUUGCCCCUCUCACCGUUGUGCUGCCACGCUUGCCCCUCUCACCGUCGUGCUGCCACGCUUGCCCCUCUCACAGUCGAGCUGCCACGCUUGCCCCUCUCACCGUCGUGCUGCCACGCUUGCCCCUCUCACCGUCGUGCUGCCACGCUUGCCCCUCUCACCGUCGUGCUGCCACGCUUGCCCCUCUCACCGUCGUGCUGCCACGCUUGCCCCUCUCACCGUCGUGCUGCCACGCUUGCCCCUCUCACCGUCGUGCUGCCACGCUUGCCCCUCUCACCGUCGUGCUGCCACGCUUGCCCCUCUCACCGUCGUGCUGCCACGCUUGCCCCUCUCACUGUCGUGCUGCCACGCUUGCCCCUCUCACCGUCGUGCUGCCACGCUUGCCCCUCUCACCGUCGUGCUGCCACGCUUGCCCCUCUCACCGUCGUGCUGCCACGCUUGCCCCUCUCACCGUCGAGCUGCCACGCUUGCCCCUCUCAUCGUCGUGCUGCCACGCUUGCCCCUCUCACCGUCGAGCUGCCACGCUUGCCCCUCUCACCGUCGUGCUGCCACGCUUGCCCCUCUCACCGUCGUGCUGCCACGCUUGCCCCUCUCACCGUCGUGCUGCCACGCUUGCCCCUCUCACCGUCGUGCUGCCACGCUUGCCCCUCUCACCGUCGUGCUGCCACGCUUGCCCCUCUCACCGUCGUGCUGCCACGCUUGCCCCUCUCACCGUCGUGCUGCCACGCUUGCCCCUCACACCGUCGUGCUGCCACGCUUGCCCCUCUCACCGUCGUGCUGCCACGCUUGCCCCUCUCACCGUCGUGCUGCCACGCCCCCUCUCACCGUCGUGCUGCCACGCUUUCCCCUCUCACCGUCGUGCUGCCACGCUUGCCCCUCUCACCGUCGUGCUGCCACGCUUGCCCCUCUCACCGUCGUGCUGCCACGCUUGCCCGUCUCACCCCCAAUGCAAGCCCCUCUUGGCAGCACGUAUGCCUUGCAGAGCCGCUGGUAG